ACAUUAGAAGCUUUGACUCAGAUCGAUACGCCGACUCAUAUCCAAUUUUUUUCUCUUCACUUUCUCUCUCUUACUCAUUCUCUCUUUAACCAUUCACCUCUUUCUCUCUCCAAAAAAAAAUGGCGGAUCAAGAUAGAGUAUGCUGCAUGUGUGGUGAUAUCGGCUUCGCUGAUAAGCUGUUCAAGUGCUCCAGUUGUCGCUUUCGCUUCCAACACUUGUAUUGUAGCAACUAUUUUUACGGAAGCCAAGAAUUAUUAUCACCAUCGUCGUCAUCAUCAUCCAUCACAAAAUCAUUGGACAUAUGUGACUGGUGUCAAAGUGAAGGUAGAAACUCCUCAACAACCAACAAACACCACAGUGGAUCUUACAAGAGAUCAUUAUCAUCGUCGUCAUCAUCAUCAUCCAUGGACCAUCAUCGUAAUCUCCAUAUUCACUCCGAGUAUACGUCGGGCGAAAGAAUCAAACAACACCAAGAUCACCAAACUGGUGGUGCCGGAGAAAGAGGAACUCCCAAGAACAACAACAACAACAACUCUGGUAUACCGUCACCUCGGCCCAGCGCUCACCGUCGCUACAAACUUCUCAAGGAUGUCAUGUGCUAAUGAUCAUAUCAUCAUCGUCAUCAAGUGAGUUUGUGAUAGUUCUUCCUAAAAGUUGUAAGAUAAGUUUAGUUUUUCUUUUUGCUUUUUUUUUUUUUUUUUUGGUUUAGUGUGUGCUAGUUAAUUAGCUUUUUUAGUUUUUAAUGAUGAUGAGUUUUGUCUUGUGUAAAUAUUUUGUUUAAUUAGAGAAGCUUGAUCUUAAAACUUUUUUUUUUUUUAAUAGUGUACUUUAUUAAAUCGUUACGAAGAACUAUGUUAUGUAUAAAAAUAAUUAUGUUUUUCU